CCCCUCCUCACCUGGGCUCCCUUAUUUAAGCGCUCGCCUCCCCUCCCUGGCCAUCAUUCCAAGUCGAGCUCUUGCCGAGUGCACGUCGUGCCUUCCCUCGUGGUCUCUCCUCUGCUCUCGCAGCGAGUCGUCGUCUGCUCCGCUCUCUUGGAUUACUCACCGAGUUCCUCGUGUGUGUUGUGCCCUGCAGUGAAGUGCAAGUGUAGUGCUGUGCCUACUCUUCUUCCUCGUUCGCCAAAUCUUCAAACAUGCUGAACGAACAAGCAAUGUCUCCCGUCGAUGUCGACAUGGACCAGGUCCAGCCCAUCUCCAGGACUUACCAAUACAGAAAGGUCAUGAAACCAAUGCUUGAACGCAAACGCCGCGCCCGCAUCAACCGCUGCCUGGACGAGCUCAAGGACCUGAUGGUCGGCGCCCUGGCCGCUGAAGGCGAGAACGUGAGCAAGCUGGAGAAGGCCGACAUUCUGGAGCUGACUGUGCGCCACCUCCACCGCCUGCGCCGCGAGCAGCGCCUUGCCGCCAACCCCGUGACGGACGCCGACCGCUUCCGCGCCGGCUUCACCCACUGCGCCACCGAGGUGUCCCGCUGCCUGGCCGCCACCGCCGGCGUCGACGUCCAGCUCGGCACCAAGCUCAUGACCCACCUGGGACACCGCCUCAACGAGAUGGACAAGUUGGCGCCGCUCAGUGUGCAGGUCUCCGCCACCGGCUCCACCACCACCAGCACCUCCUCGCCCCCUGCCUCACCGGCGUCCUCCUGCCCGUCACCGGCCCCCCAGGAGUACGCCAUGCCGCUGACGCCCGCCUCCUCGCGCAACUCCGCCUCGCCGCGCGCCGCCUCCCCGGUGUCCGCCCCCAUGACCGCCUCCAGCCACGACAUGGAGUACACCAGCGGACUCCUCAAGGUGGUCGACUACUCCGUCAAGAAGCCCGUCGUCGUCGACUCCAUGUGGCGGCCCUGGUAAACAGUGCCUUCAGUGUUAUCACCAUGUGCCUUAUGAAAGAAAAAUGUUCAUGUUGAGUCAUGUAGAGUAAGGCGUGUUUAUGACAGUACUGAUUUUGGGCUGGUUAUACCACUGUCUUUUAAGCCUUUGUAAAAUGUUGCUAAUUUGUCAACAUGAUUCUCAGUUAAAUAUUGGUACAAUUAGAAGUUAAAGUGUAGAGUCACUUAAUCCAGAUCUCAUUUAUUGAAUCAAUUUUUGUAGAGGGAAAGACUCAGUAGUUUUUUUUUUUGUGAGAGUGUUAAUUAUGGAUCUCAAUUCUUUAAUUUGUAAGAGGGCUCAAGCUUUAAUUAGGUUAGGUAAUUUUCAAUUCCUGCUGAUUGCAUUUGAUGUCUGAGAAAUGAUUGUUCAGAAUUUUGAAGGAAUUGUCAAUUGUGAUUGUUAUGCUGUACCUGUGAUAAAUCAUUUAAUGAUGUUUCAAGCUUUCGCAAAAUUAUAUACGAUGUUUGUGUUGUAUUGCAAGCAUAUCUGUGAUACAUCAACAUUUCAAUAUUUUUAAUUAAAAUUUGAAAUUCAAUCUUA